AUGAAUGUCCUGGCCAGAAAUAACAUACAAACUAUGAUAUAUACCUACAAAAGAAACUACAGAAAACUGAGGAUAUUUUAUAUCAUUCUUUCCACUUUUAUCCUCACAUUUUUUGUUUUAAAAUUUUUUAAAACAGGGGAGCUUAAGCUAAGCAUGAGAGUCACGGAAUACAUAAAUAACACGAUGGAUAGAAUUUUAAAAUACAAAACUAGAGAAAAGCAGAAUGAAGAGUUCAGAAAACUGGCACCAGAACAUCCAUUAGAGCCCAUAAGAAUGACGUUGACUACUGCUGUGUUUAAAUACACAGGAGUAACCCCAAAUGUCAUUUUAAAGAGGAUUAUAUAUAAUCCUUCUAAUAAACUAAAUGAAGACUACAUGUCUAAGUGCUUGUCUUCUCCAUAUCUUUGUAGAACAAUCAAAACGUACAGGACCAGGAGAACCGUAGAAGAUGGGAGUGAGCAGAUACUUAUUUGGAUAUUCUUCGAAUUUUUAGAUAUUAAGAUUUCACAAAGAACGGUAAAUGGGAAUGAGGAGACAAUAAGAAAAAUACUAACGGAUGUGUUGAAGGGUUUGGAAUAUAUGCACUCUCACAGCAUUGCACACUUGGACAUGAAAAUAGGAAAUAUAAUGGGAAAAGCAACGGAGAAGGGAAUAGUGUAUAAGUUGAUAGAUUUUGGAUAUUCUCAACUUAUGCCUAAUACAGGAUCAGUUGUAAUUCCUAGGAAGAACUACGGAACGUAUCCGUACAAGGCACCCGAAGUUGUAUUCAAAAAUGAGCAUGGACUUAAAAGUGAUAUUUGGUCCUUGGGAGCCAUUUGCUGGUUCCUCUCAUUGCAGUACACACCAUUCUACUUGGAUGGGUUUGAAAAGGAUUUGCCUAGCUAUCGAAGAUUUUUAAAAAAGAGGACAGAUAACCCAGAAGAUAGAAACAACCACAAAUUUGUAUUCAGUAGGAAUUCCAGCACAGAACUUAAGGAUUUUGUAAAAAGAUGUAUGCAGGUUGAGCCUGAGCUUAGGCCUACCGUCUCUGAACUACUUAGCCAUCCAUUCAUUAAAGGAGAAAGAGCAAACGGAAUUCUGGAAUCAGAAGAUGAAAUAGAAGAAGGGACGUACGAGGAUUAUUCAACUGAAUCUAUUACAUAUCAAUAA